AAAAAGUCUACAGUAACGAUCCCGGUUAUCGUCUUCGACGGGAAAUCCCCGACGAACAGGAAUUUCUCUGUCGGGGUUGACUUCAAUCACUCCUUGAGCAGAUCGGCGCCAAAAUCUAAAGCGAUAAUGGGAAACACGAGAAUCUUGAUCUUGAGUUUGGCAUGUGUAGCUUUUCUCUCCGUAGUCAAAGCUCUGUCUCAGGAACCAGAACUUGGUUCUGCUCGUGUCGUCUUCCAGACUAGUUAUGGGGAUAUCGAAUUUGGAUUCUAUCCCACGGUUGCACCAAAGACAGUGGAUCACAUCUUCAAGCUCGUUCGUUUAGGUGGCUACAACACCAAUCAUUUCUUCAGGGUUGAUAAAGGCUUUGUUGCUCAAGUUGCAGAUGUGGCGAAUGGGCGAUCAGCUCCUAUGAACGAGGAGCAACGGAAAGAAGCUGAGAAGACAAUUGUGGGAGAGUUCAGUGAUGUUAAACAUGUCAGAGGUAUUCUUUCCAUGGGAAGAUAUGAAGAUCCAAACAGUGCACAAUCUUCAUUUUCGAUGCUUCUUGGUGAUGCUCCUCAUCUUAAUCGCCAGUACGCUGUGUUCGGGAAAGUAACUAAAGGAGAUGAAACAUUGAGGAAGCUAGAAGAAGUUCCCACUCGUCGUGAAGGGAUUUUUGUAAUGCCGACGGAGAGGAUCACGAUUUUGUCGACAUACUAUUACGACACUGAAAUGGAUAGCUGCGAAGAGGAGCGAUCUGUCCUUAAAAGAAGGCUUCAAGCAUCUUUUGUAGAGGUGGAAAGACAGAGAAUGAACUGCUUCCCGUGAAUCCGUGUAAAAAAGAAGACCUUUGCUUAAGUAAGAACAGAGCCUUAAACGCCAGGGAACACAAAGGUUAAUGUGUGUCUAGUAAAAAAGAAGAAAAAGUCGACAUCUUUAUUUAUUUUUGCUGUUAGAAGACUGAGGAUGAUAUACAGAUUCAGAUAAGUUUUUGAGUUUAACAGUGAAAACCGGUUCAGAACAUUUGAUAAUGGUUUGUUUCCUUGAGGGUCU